AUGGCGAUUUUACAGGAACAGAAUGAAGCGCUUGCCAAAAAGAGGAGGUUGGCUAAGCAGAAAGAGAAGGCACGUAGAUGCAGACCGAAAAAGCUCAAUAAGGUGUGUAACAAAGUACGUAUUUGGGGGAGCGAUGCUGUGGGGUGGGAGUAUGUGGGUUCGGAUGGCGCGUCCGGGGGGUUGCUGCUAAUGUGGGAUGACUUAGUUGAAAAACUUGCUGUGUGGGAGGAGCUGAGCUUCAUAGCUGGUCUAUGUCACAUUCCGAUAUGCUACAUGGGUGAUUUUAACGAGGUUACACAGGUUGAAGAGAGAAAAGGUCAGGACAGCCACAUUGAUAGAGUUCUAGUGAGUGUAGAAUGGACGGAGGAGUUCCUGGAGAUUCGAUUAAAAGGGGGACCGAGAGGCCUGUCAGAUCACUGCCCAAUUAUAGUGGAGGAUACCAAUCUCAGAGGCGGUCCACGACCUUUUCGUAGCUUGGACUCCUGGUUUACACAUGACGGGUUCCUAAGAAUGGUCAGAGAAGAAUGGAGGAAUCUUGGUGAGCUACAGUUCACAGAUAAGUUGAAGGCUUUAAGGAUGCCUUUGGGAAGAUGGCACAAGGACAAUUUCGGUGACAUGGACAAGAAAAUACAGCGCUUUGAGGAGGAGAUAAUGAAGCUAGAUGAUUUGGUAGGAAACGGAGUUUAUGAUGAUACAGUGGAGGCUAGAAGGAAGGCUUUAGUAGGCUGUUGCAAGCAGUGGUAUGUCAGAAAAGAACUACAAUGGAAAUAG